GGAACCAACAAGCUUCUAGAUGCCAUUAAGCUUCUUAACAACAUAUGAGAAUUCCAUUGAGGGACUAAAAGGCUUGACAAUAAGGCAGGUGCCAUGGUUGAUAAAGGUGCACUCUGUCUUAUUGGGAGAGGGUAAUAAUAGGGGUCAGUUAGAAGAUGGUAACAAGGGUAAGGUAGGCCAGGUAGAAUCAAGAAGGAACGAUUGGGUGGAGCUAAGUGAAUUAGGAAAAAGCAGUGAGCCAACGAGAUUGUAAAUAGUUUGCAACAAUGAUGUUAUUUGGCAAAAGUUGGCGUUGUUAGUGGAUGCAAUAGAGGCAAAAAGUGGUUAAGAAGCAAGUAGAUACAAUAAGCUUGUCACUGUAAGAGGCUUUACAGGUGCUAAAGGUGAGGUAGGAGAAAUUAGAGUGACAAUGAUGGAAGCAACAGAGAGGCUGGGGUUAGGCAUGGGGUUGGGGACCAUCAUCUCAAAACACUUUCUUUUCUCAAAACAAAAAUAAAAAAAUGAUGAUUUA